CCCUCCCUCCUCUCCGGGACUGAGAAUGCCCGUGUUGUACUGACACAGUAGCGAUACGGGCUGAGUAGACAUGGAGGCCCGAUUAACGAGAGAGGCCCGUGCUGACACAUCCAGGCCCAGCUAACGGUGUGUCGGACAGGAUUUCGGAGCAUCUCGGGAGUUUAUUACGGAUACCAGUCGCUGUAAGGAACAAGGAUUUUAACAACGAGGAAGAAGGAAUAGAAGAAGAUCCAUUUCGGGUCUCUGUUGAUUCAACGCAAGCCGCCAUUUUGUUGACACUCUUGGAAGAUAAAAUAUGUGCCCCCCACGUUGAUACACGCGAAGGGAGGACACAGAGCCAAAUAAUGUGAACACCGUUUCCGGACAAUUACAAAGUUGAAGGACGGAGAAAGAGGGCUGGACAGCCGAGGAAGGGAGAAAAGCCACUUCAGAAGAAGGAGAGCUUCACCUUCAACGUUAUCCCCUCCCCCCUUUCCCCCUUAACCCCUUAUCCCAACCCCCAACAAAAACUCUACCUGGUAUCCACAACAUCCCCUCCCUAGUUAACCUGCACACCCUGUAAAGUUGCGAUGGAUCCGAAAAAUCAGAUGGGAACUACAACGCCACCCCCUCUUCUCUCAGGUGUUUCCUCGGGGGAGCGAGAAAAGGAGGGAGGGGGUGGAAAGAAUGAAGAGGAGGAUGAGAAGAAAAGAGACAGGGAGAAGGAGGGAGCUGUCACCGCUGCUCCUGGUCCUGGAGGGGCAGGAGCAAGUGGGCCAGGAGGCGCCGGGGGUGACCAGUCCCAUUUCUCCAUCAAAGAGAGCAGCCUGUCCGAGGGCAAUGUCAAACUUAAGAUCGGCCUUCAAGCAAAACGCAUGAAGAAGCCCCCUAAGAUCCUGGAGAAUUAUGUGUGCCGACCAGCAUUCAAGGCCACUGUGAGGCACACGGGCCGUGGAGGAGGCGGUGCUCGUGGAAACCGUGCAGCCGCUACAGGUGAUGGGGCAGGCGUUCAGAACCAGAGUCCUUCAAGUGGCAGGGGAAAAGAUAAGGAAAAGAGUCCAAGUGUCAACAAACCAGCCUCCUCUUCUUCUUCAACCCCCUCUGCUAAAGCUCCCACGCCACCACCUCCUGCUCCUCCUCCCACCAGCACUACCACCCUGUCUGCCUCCCAAGUGAAUGGGAGCGCUCCGACAAAAAGGGGUUCACCAAAGACUGAUGGCAAGUCUGACACAAAGCCAGACACGAAAGCAGCCACCACCACAUCUGAGAGACCCCUUAACCUUCACCGCCCUCCAUCGGACAGCAAAACCCAUCCCUCUGGGAAGAAAACACCAAUUCCCCAACCCAACCCCCGGACAUCUUCACCUUCUCCAUCACUACCCGCAUCUAAAGAACCCAGCUUUGAAGCUGUCAAACCUCCUCAAUACAACUUCAGCACUGAAAAUCAGAGAGACAAGGAAAAGGGUGUUCCAAAUUGGGGAGCCCCCACAGUCACUGAGAAGUUAGCUCAACUCAUAGCAACUUGCCCACCAUCAAAGACCCCUAAGCCAGCUAAACCCACAAAGAUUGACCCCGCUCCUCCUCUCCCAAACUCAGGCUUUAUGGCCCCGACAGCGAAGCAACGAGACAGGGCUAUGGCCAAUAGGAACACAUAUUCAAGAAUGUUACAUCUUUCCCCACCACCUCCUGUGUCACGGCCACCUGGUCGGCCCUAUGGUUCUAGGAACAAAGACAAUGGUAUGGACAAUUCACCCUCCCUGACACCUUUGAGGACAGACGAGACAGAAGGGGCUGGGAAAGCUAGUAGCAGCAGCAGCAGCAGUCGCAGCAACAGUCCAGCACUCGCGUAUGGGAAUAACCGCCUGUCGGCUAUGUCAACGGACAGCAACAACGACAACAUCAACAGUAGCAUUUCUAAGUCACAGUCACGCCCGGCUCACGGCCAACCCCAUAACACGUCUUCGCCAGCUUGUCCCAUUUCAUCCUCUUCCAGCACUUCAGCUGAGCAAAGGACGUUGAGUGCAGUGAAUCACCUGGGCUCCCCUGUUCCUUCACAAGGACACCAUGCACGAGAGAGUCCUACCUUGGCAGAGGAAAGCAGUGCCAGUGAGAGAGAACAGGACAGCGACAGCCCCAGGGACUUAACCAACUGCCCUCCUGCAACAGGAACAGGAAAGCCAGAAGGGAAGGACAGGGGGCCUAGUAAUCAGUCACUGAGAGUUGAGAAGAGCUCUAGUCCAAGUAAGCGCAGUCCCAAUCGGGAUAGUAGCCGACCCGGUCGGACUAUUAGCCCCCCUGAGGCUGCAAGACAUAGGGCGUCUUCUUCACCAGAGCCAGAUGGUGAUGAAAGCCCACUAACACCUCUGAGAGAUGAUUCUCCAGAUUCAUCCAUAGACUCUUCAGCGGAGCAGGACAACAAACCCCUUAAAAAACGCAGGGGAAGGAAACCCCGCUGGGGCCGUUUAAUGAGUGGGAUGCAUGAAGGAAUAGCAGGCCACGACAGUCCCUUUGAAGAGAGACAAACUGACUUGCCUUUAUCUUUAAGCUUGGAAAUGCCGUUACCGCCGGUUAAGAGACCCGUGGGCAGGCCUCCGAACCCAAAUAAGGUCAAACCAAAUCCUGUGCCACAAAGUCAAGGGUCACAGCUCUUUGCACCACUGGCAAAGAAAAGAGGAAGGCCGAAGUCCAAAAUGCCAAGGCUUGACGCUCCGGCCCGUGGUUGCCUUCCUAACAAGCUGGCUCCCUCCAAGGUCUUUUCAUCUUUACUGAAGUCCAAAGAAGAGCAGGAUCCCCCUGUGCUUCACCCAGAGGUGGACCUUAACCCCCCUAAACCUAUGCCUAGAAAACGUGGACGCCCAAAGCGCCUUCCCCCUACCUUACCCCAGGAGGGUCAGCCUCCAACGUUGGCUCCAGAGGCCGGGGAAAUUGGAGAAAAACGGUUCCGGAGCAAAGGCAAUGGGCAGCUAAUCAUGAAAACUAUUAUAGGCAAGAUCAAUAAAAUGAAAAGUAUGAAACGGAAACGUAUUCUCAGUCAAAUCUUGUUAGGCCCAAGACCAGAAGACUCGCCUAAACCCAGUACGGUUGUUGGUUCUGUGGAAGCUACAACCCAAUCAUUGUCCUCCCUUGCUGCUUCUUUUGGGGGGAAACUAGGGCCACAAAUUAAUGUCAGUAAAAAGGGUACAAUAUACAUGGGUAAGAGGAGAGGCCGUAAGCCAAAAUCGGGGUAUAACGCCACAGCUUCAACACCACCACCAGAACCCUUCUUAUCCCCGAACACCACUUCCCCUCUCCAUCACCAUCAUUCACAAGUCUUCCCCUCCCCCUCCCUCUCACAGUCUAGUGGGGGCCACAGUCCCAUCAGCGAUGCCAGCUUUGUGGAGCCCGGUUCUGUGCACUUUGCCAGUCACUCUCACUAUGCUAACUCCCAUCAUAGCCACAACACAUUCUCCUUCCCUCCCCCAACCUUUUCGGCCCCUAAUCCACGCAACCCAGGGUUGGGCUCCACAUCAUCUAUGUCCACAGUAGCUUCACAGAAAAAGGCAUCUUACCGCGGAUACCAUCACCACCACCACAACCAUUACAGGCAGCACUACCAUUAUCCUAAGCUUUCCCCUCCCAGGCCGCUCCAUCCUACCUCCCCUGCCCCCCUCACUGAACUAAAAGAAGCCACUCCGUCACCAGUCAGUGAGUCACAUAGUGAGGAGACUGUGCCCAGUGACAGUGGUAUAGGAACGGACAAUAACAGCACCUCUGACCGGGGUGAGAAAGCAGGUGGCUUGGGUGGUAUUGGGAUGCCACACGGGAUGGGCAGUAAGUUAUUAAUGCCGGGGGUCAUCAGUUCAGCUGUGGGUCCAGGGUUGGGCCUUAAUUCCAGAGGCAGGCGGCGACACUCCGCUGUGCUUUUGGACCGUCCCUCUCCCUCUCCAUCACCACACGGGGUGGGGACAUCACCCGAUCCCAGGAGACCUCACCCAGCAGCUCCAGCCUCCUCCUUAAUAGGACACAAGGAGAAACAUAAGCACAAGUGCAAACGCCGCAGCCCACGGUGCCCCGGCUACGAUAAGCUAAAGAGACAGAAAAGGAAACGCAAGAAGAAGUACUUGCAGCUGCGCUCCCGGCGGCACGACCCAGACUUUCUUGCUGAGCUGGAUGAGAUUGUUGUGAGAAUUAGUGAAAUACGGAUAGCACACCGUACCACAGGACACCGGCUCGGCAGUGGAAUAGGCAUGGCAGCAGGAACAAGUAGAGGGCCAGGAGUGGGGAGCAGGCCUGGUGGGUUAGGAGGCACAGGCGGCCCUCCACCUCAUCAUUAUGUUCACAGAGACAUCCUGCCUACAAUCUUCAGGGUUAACUUCGGCAGCUUUUACUCCCAUCCUGCAUACUCUCAUUGCGACCCAUUGCACUAUGUUCGUAAACCAGACAUGAAGAAGAAAAGGGGGCGGCCUCCCAAAAUGAGGGAGUCCAUGUCUGAUGUUCCCUUUUUACCUGGGCUUGGAUUCCCACUCUCCAGCGGGGGCUUCUACCACCCCUCCUACAGCGUUCCCUACUCCUCUGGGCCUCUGGGUUUGGGCUAUUACAGAGGCUUUCCUCCAGCUAGUGCUCUGUAUCCCCACCCACACCACCAGUCACCACACACAGCCCCCUCCCACCACUCUCACCACUCACCCUCUUUCCCCCCUCCUCCCCCCACAUCUUACAUGCAUCAUCACCACCCUUCACAUCUCCUACUUAACCCCUCUAAAUUUCACAAGAAAAAACAUAAGCUGCUUAGGCAGGAGUACCUGGGAGGAGGAAGGUCCCCUGUCCUGUACCCACCCAUGUCCUCUGAGCUUUCCUUCAACUGGCACCACAAACACAAACACAGACACAAACACAGAGAGCGCUGUGCGGAAGAGGACAGAGAGGAGGCAGCAAGAGGAGGAUCAGGGAGCCGGGCUAGUGCAGGGAUUUCUGACAGCGGAGCAUCAGGGAAAGCAGAGCGAGUUGGCAGUUUAGGAAUGGCGGAGUCUUUACAACGAUGCCGCUUUGGACGGGACACAGCCAGCACCAGUGCCAGCAAGCAAGCUGCUUCUACUUCCGCCAACUCCCCUUCUUCUUCCUCAUCCUCAUCUGCAGAAAGGUACAAGCGCAAAGAGAGCUCCAUGUCCUGUCUCGGCCCCUCAAGGCUCGCACUGGGUAGCAGCUCAAAAGGUCACCAUCCAGUAGAGUCCUGGUUCAGGAUGGGGGGCAACUCUAAGGCAGACUACUCUAAGCUUUCACGAAGUCAAGUGUCACCUGGCCAGGGUCCCUUCUCAGAAGGACAGCCUGAAGACCCCGCAGGCUGCUCAGACAGUGAGGAUGAGGAGCCUCUCAGCCCAGCAGUGGAUUUAGAGCCUGGAUCCCAUGAUUCUCCAAACCUUACUAAUCUUUUUGCCUCUGCUCUCACCCGCACUACACUGAAGGGGGGCAAGUGCAGAAAGACUGAGGCAGUCACAGAGAGCUCGAGCUUCUCCCGCGUGGACCGACCAAUAAGGAAGGACCGCUCGACGUCAGCAGAAAGGAGAGACUUGGGGUCAUCAGGUAUCCAGUCAAGAGGCAUUGCCCUCUCGCCCCCUGAAGGGCCCGAAGGAUCCAUGCACCACCGGCAGCAGCACCAUCACCAACCUUCACUUUUUCACUCGCACAGCUCUGCCUCCUCCUCCUCCUGCCUCUCCCCCUCUCAGGACUUUUGUCUGGAUGCCUCCCUGCCCCACCACUCCUAUCGAGCACAGCCCUCCAAACACAGCCUGCACCACGUCAACAAAAUCCUGCGUGCCAAGAAGCUGCAGAGACAAGCUCGUACAGGAAACAACGUGGUGAAGAAGAGGGGUCCCGGACGUCCUAGGAAACACCCCUUACCAUCCCCGCCGCCAUCCCCCCCACCGGUGGUCGAGUUGAAUCCGACCCGGCAAAGGGACAGAGGGGCAGAGCGGCCAGUGGGGGGGCGAGCGUGGGAGGAGGACACUGUGACAGAGGCUAUUGAGUCAGUAGUCCAGGGCCAGUGCAGGAAAAGUCAGAAGAAGAAGCAGUGGGACGGAGGAGAGGAUGAGGAAGACGAGGAAGAAGAGGAGGACGGGGAGGUAGAAGAGCCUGAGGAGCGGUUGCCAGAUAGAGAGGAGAACCUGGGCAAUCUGGCGGCGAGGUCCAAAGCUGGGACAGGAAGAAGCUGGCUUACUCAGGAAGAACUCCAGCAAUUUCGUGGCUCAACGGAAAGCAAGCCAGAUGGCCACUGCUCCCCAGAACCCCCAGCGCCCGUCCCCGAGGAACAAGCUCCGCCCGCACCCAUUAUCACCCAACGGGAGAAGAGACCAGCCAGACCUCCAAAGAAGAAGUUUCAGAAGGCGGGACUUUACUCGGAUGUGUACAAGUCCGAAGACCCCCGGAGUCAGCUCCUGCAGCUAAAGAAAGAGAAGCUGGAAUACAUACCUGGAGAACAUGACUAUGGAUUGUUUCCGCCUCCAAUACAUGUUGGGAAGUACCUGAGACAGAAGCGCAUUGAUUUCCAGUUGCCUUACGACAUCUUAUGGCUGUGGAAACACGAUCAGCUUUACAAAAGGCCGGAUGUCCCCCUUUAUAAAAAGAUCAGAUCAAAUGUCUAUGUGGAUGUGAAGCCUCUCUCUGGUUAUGAAACAACAACAUGCAACUGUAAGCCGCGUGAGAACAUUAAUGAUAAAGCCUGCCUGGAUGAUUGUCUGAAUAGGAUGAGUUUUGCUGAGUGCUCUCCCAGCACCUGUCCCUCUAAUGAUCAGUGUGACAACCAGCACAUCCAGAGACACGACUGGGUCCAGUGUCUGGAGCGAUUCCGGGCUGAGGGCAAGGGCUGGGGCAUCCGCACCAAGGAGUCACUUUGCUCUGGACAGUUUAUCAUCGAGUACCUGGGAGAGGUGGUUAGCGAACAAGAGUUUAGGAGCCGUAUGAUGGAGCAGUACUUCGCCCACAGUGGCCAGUACUGUCUGAACCUGGAUAGCGGCAUGGUGAUCGACAGCUACAGAAUGGGCAAUGAGGCGCGCUUCAUCAACCACAGCUGUGAGCCCAACUGUGAGAUGCAGAAGUGGUCGGUGAAUGGCGUUUACAGAAUCGGUCUCUUUGCUCUGAAGGAGAUCCCUGACGGCACUGAGCUCACCUAUGAUUACAACUUCCAUUCCUUCAAUACAGAAGAGCAGCAAGUGUGUGAGUGUGGCUCAGAGAGCUGUCGGGGCAUCAUCGGAGGGAAGAGCCAGCGAAUCAACGGCCUGCCCCCGAAGGCGGGAGGGACGCGGCGGCUGGGCCGACUCAAGGAGAAGAGGAAGUCCAAACACCAGCUCAAAAAACGAGAGGAAGAGUCGAGUGACAGCAGCAAGUUUUACCCUCAUCUCAUGAAGCCCAUGUCCAACAGGGAGCGGAACUUUGUGCUGAAGCACCGAGUGUUUCUCCUGAGGAACUGGGAGAAGAUGAGGGAGAAACAGGAGCUGCUGAAGAAAGAGGGCGAGAGAGAUAGAGACUCCGGCAGCUUGUCUUUGUAUACGCGCUGGGGAGGCGUCAUCCGGGACGACGGUAAUAUUAAGUCAGACGUGUUCCUGACGCAGUUCUCAGCCCUUCAGACGUCUCGCUCGGUACGAACGCGGAGACUGGCCGCCGCUGAGGAGAACACAGAGGUCACACGCACGGCUCGCCUCGCACACAUCUUCAAGGAGAUUUGUGACAUGAUCACCAGCUACAAGGAUUCAGCCGGUCAGACACUUGCUGCUCCGCUGGUGAACCUCCCAUCUAGGAAGAGGAACAGCCAGUACUAUGAGAAGGUGUCCGACCCUCUGGACCUGAGCACCAUCGAGAAGCAAAUCCUCACCGGCCAUUACAAGACGGUUGAAGCGUUCGACACAGACAUGCUCAAAGUGUUCCGCAAUGCUGAGAAAUAUUACGGGAAGAAGUCCUCUGUGGGCCGGGAUGUGUGUCGGCUGCGGAAAGCCUACUUCAGCGCUCGCCAUGAAGCCGCCGUGCAGAUCGAUGAGAUCGUGGGCGAGACCGCCAGCGAGGCCGACAGCUCGGACUCGCUGGAGCGUGACCACGGAGGGUCGGGGUCCCACGACAAGGACGACGACAUCAUCCGCUGCAUCUGUGGAAUGUACAAGGACGAGGGCCUCAUGAUCCAGUGUGAAAAGUGCAUGGUGUGGCAACACUUUGACUGCAUGAGGCUGGAGACUGAGGUGGAGCACUACCUGUGUGAGCAGUGUGAACCUCGACCUGUAGACACGGAAGUUCCCAUGAUACCCCAGCCCAGCUACGCCCAGGCCGGCUCUGUCUACUACAUCUGCCUCCUUCGAGAUGAACUGCUGCUACAUCAAGGUGACUGUGCGUAUCUGAUGAGAGACAGCAGACGCACACCUGAGGGACAGCCGGUCAGACAGUCCUACCAUCUGUUGUCUCACGUCAACCGAGACAAACUCGACAUAUUCCGAAUCGAGAAACUCUGGAAGAACGAAAAGGGUGAGAGGUUUGCCUUUGGCCACCACUACUUCCGACCUCAUGAGACGCAUCAUUCUCCAUCACGCCGCUUCUACCAGAACGAGUUAUUCCGCAUGCCGCUCUACGAGAUCGUCCCCCUGGAGUCAGUGGUGGCGACCUGCUGUGUCCUCGAUCUCUACACUUACUGCAAAGGACGGCCGAAGAACGUGAAAGAGCAGGACGUGUACAUCUGUGAUUACCGCUUGGACAAGUCGGCUCACCUGUUCUACAAAAUCCAUCGCAACCGCUACCCAGUUUGCACCAAGCCAUAUGCCUUCAACCACUUCCCCAAGCGGCUGGCGCCCAAGAGGGACUUCUCGCCUCACUACGUUCCUGACAACUACAAGAGGGCCGGGGGCCGCUCUGCGUGGAAGAGCGAACGACCCAAAGGACCCGGAGGCUGCGAGGACGACGGGUCUUCCUGCGACCGGGGAGAAGACUGCCCCCCCGAGGCUGAGGAGGGGAGAGGGGGGGAGGAGGACGACAUGGACCUGAAUCCAGAAGAUCCUGAAGCUCUUUCAGCCAAGCCCAGGGGAGCGGAACGGCAGGGGGAGGGCGACGAAGAUGAAGAAGACGACGACGACGACGAUGACGAGGAAGAAGAGGAAGGGCAGGUGUCUGAAGAGCGCAAGGAUUUGGAGGACAAUUCUGCAGAGAGGAUAGGGGAGAUGAUCGAAAUGCCGUCGUCCUCUGCCUCCUCCCCGCUGCACCACCCGGUGCUGGGCAGGAGGGAGGCCCAGAGGGAUCGGCUCAAUAAAAUCCUGCUGGACCUGCUGCACAAAACUCCCAGCAAGAAUGGUGAGGAAGCGGGAUCAAAGGAGGGGGCCAUAGAUAUCAGUUAUCUCCUGGAGGAGGGCGCGGGGCGGCGGAUGCGGCGACGGACGCUCGGAUUCGGGGAUUUCGUGUGCAGAAAAUAACAUUGCUACGUGCCUGUCAAGCACUCUGCCUUUCACUGUUGUGAGUGAGGGGCAGAACAUGGAGAGACAGCGAGAAAGGGAAAUGCAGCAUUGUUGGUUCGACCAUUAAGGACCACAAUGCAUCCCUGUGGGCGUCCUCCAGUCUACCUCUUCCAAGACUGUCCUCUCAACUCCGAGAGGCCGGGGGGGGUUUGGAGGCGCUGCUGACUCCGUGGCAACUUCAGCUUUUCAAGAGUUCUCAAGGAGCACGAAGAGAGAGCUGACCCAGACUUCUUGCUUAUUUAAGUAGUAUGAUGCAAAACCUGUUUUUUUUAAAUAUAAACAUGGGAGAAACAACCCAUGCACUUAAAUGCAUUGCAUAUUACAGACUUGGGAAGAUGAGUGCCCCUAUCAAGCAUCAGAAAUGAGACAAGUGGUACUGAAUAGGGAUGAAUGGAUGGUUUGAGUCAGUGGGGAUGUGAAUGCUGGAGAAUUGUUCCCCCUAGUGGGACCUAGCUGCAAUGACAAAUUCUACAGAUGAGAGAAGAUCAGCACCGCGGGGGAGAAUGGCAUAGGAGAAAUGUAAAUUGAGCAGUGUGCUCAGAUGCUGCUCAUGAGAAAGAGAACGAGGGUGGUGAACUGCACUUUUGGUACCAUGGAUUUUGCAAAGCUCAGUGUAAUGUAUCUAUAAUGAAAACACACUAACACUAUCACAGUAUUGGAUGAUGCAGUCUGAAAAACAAGCGCGUUCAAAAGUCUAUUAUCUUUUUCCUGUUAUACUGUAGUAACUCAUUUAGGAACAGAGGAGAGGUGUGUUUUAGAGCAAAGGGAGGGGGGGAGCAUUGAGUGUGCGCUUUUGUCGGUCAAAGUGUCUUGUUGAGGUUUUUAAUUUUAAUCUUUAAUUUUCUCGCGAGGCAGUCAGCUUCACUCUUUUUGAAGUAACAUAAUUCACCAGCUUAACUAAAUCAGGCGUUUCGGGGAGACACCGGCUUCAACUGUAACGCCUUACACAGCCGUGCUCUCCGACUGCCUUGUGUGCGAGUGUGUGCGUGCGUACACACUUACUGUGUGUCUGUAAUCUGCCAGAUUUCUUGAAGAUAUACCUUUUUAAAAACAAAAGAAAAAAAAAUAAGGGCUCGAUGGCAAUUAACAGUUUUAAGAAAACUAUGGAAAACAAUACUUAACAUAAAAUGUAUCGUGAUGGUCAUAUUUUCUUAUAUUCUGUAAGACGGGUGGGGCGGUGUAUAAUGUAUAUUGGGAGGGGAAGGGACUUAAGAUCUUUUUUUGUCUUUAAUAGACUAUGUUCCUUGUUGCCAUGGAGAAUGUUUAAAAAAAGAAAUUGUGAUAUUUGAUGAGAUUUCUUUUCCCCCCCCUAAUGCCUCUGCUAGAAAGGGACAACCUGCAAUGUCCCAGUGCGGUUAACUGACAGAAGAGAGGACAUGAGACACAGAGGGGAGGGGGGGGGGGGGGGGGGGGGGGAACAGGAAGCUGUACAGUGCCAAGUUCUGUAAAUAUACACACUUUACAUUGAAGAGUGUCUCCAAAAGCAAUAUCUUGAAAAAUGGAUUUUGUUUAUUAUUGUACUGUACAGGACACAGCCCUAAAUGUAUUAUGAUUAUUAUAUUAAUGAUAAUAUUGUACUUUCUUCCGUUUGUAUUACUAUAAUGAAGACACUUAAGCUUGGAGGAAAAUGAUUUUUUUAAUGUCCAGAAACCUCACAGUAACUGUCCUGACGACUAAAAAGAGGAAGCUGACUUUUCGUUGCCUAUAAAUGAAAUUCAACUAUGUACUGCAUGAGCGGGAAGAAUGUCAUCGGACACAGAAGGCAUCGGGACGGGACAGUGAAUCAGCAAAGACACCUUUGUCACUGAAUAUUGUUAAUAAUAUUACUUUUUAAGGAGAGCGUACUCCUUGUAUUUUGCUGCAAAGUGUUGAACACUAAAAAAACAAACCAACAUAAAAAUGUUAUGAUAUUUUUAAAACGGUGACGGAAACAAAAGUAAAGCUGUCAGCCCAAUAUCAUGUUAUUAUUUUUUGUUUUACUUUCAAAUAGGAAAUGGUUCCGUUUUGUGAUAGCGGUCAUGUAUGAUGCUUGUUCUUGUAUUUGUGCGUUUUGUGUGAUUUGUUUAGUUAUUUUUAGACAAUCACAAAAUAAGAUGCAAGCAUUGUAAAUGGCAGACUGGCGGACAUUUUGUGAUGUGUACAGUUUGUCAAAAAACUUCUUCCACUCGUUUAAAAGUUUGUAAUUAUGAUUCUUAAGUCAUGAAAAAUGCUGUUGGUUUUUACUUUUGUUUUAUAUUUGUUUUUGUUUUUUUGUUUGUUUUUUUAAUAAAAAGCACUACAUUAUUGUGAACAUACUUUA